GUGACCCAGUCACGAGGUCUUUAGGUUUGUGUGGACCUGCAGAAUGUUACCUGGAAAUAUUCUACGUGGUGCAACAUCAUAACGGAGUGGUGUUCCAGAACUUUGCAGGAAUGGAGCUUCAGGUGCCUUGUACCGUCCCUCAGUCGGUGGUGAGCACAGCGUCAGGCUGUACGAUGAGAUGUAAGGCCUUCCCAUCAUGCCGAGCGGGCUCGUACAACAAGGCAACAGCCAGGUGUUGUCUCAGCUCCCUUCUGGCCUACGAACAAGGCGCCACUUACCUGGAGAACGAGGACAGCACCUACUUCCAGCCUGUCACAGACACGGUGCGGUAUGACAACUGGACGCUGGUGUUCCGGGUGCUGGCGGGCAGCGGCCAAGAGACUUACGCCACCUGGACGAGCACUGGCCUCCAUCAUGACCACUGGCUGGGGUCAAAGGACAUGGAGCUGGGAUGUGUGAGCAUGAACGCCUCAAAGCCCUGCAACACUUUGUUCCGAAGUCAACUGCUGGACGACUGGCAAAAACUCAACGUGAAGAAGAUUUUCAGACAUUGGGGAAAUUGA